AUGGAUGUUGAGGUCAGAAUAGAGCUUCUGGCCAAUGGUGCCACAACUCUGAUCAUGCGCGGGUUGAACCGGCAGAUCACGAACACUUCUAUCUUGACCUUGUUGGACGAGUUUCCACCGCACGAAGGGCGCCGUGUGUACGACUUCGUGUAUGUCCCAUGGGCCACGAAUGCCAGCUCCAACAUUGGCCUAGCGUUUGUAAACUUCGAGGAGCACCAACAUUGCAGAAUCUUUUUGGACUCUUUGCAUUUGCCAGCUAAUCAGAAAAAGCUUCUCGCGUGUGGAGUCCGCUCAGUUGGACAAGCACUGAUUCAAGGACGAGGUGCAAACUUACGUGCCAUCAUUGCAAAACGCGGUCAAGCCGGACUUGAUGAUGAAGACGCUCCGUUGGUCUUUCACAACGGCCAGCCUGUACCUCUACAAGUUGUUGUUGACCAAGAAGCUCUGCCUCAGCAAGUCUUAGCACGUUUUGAAAGUCACUCUCAGGCAGCGGAGCCAAACCCCGAGACCAGGAGUUGCCAUCUGGUUCAUGGAAUGCAUUUCCAGCAGGAGCCUGGACGCCAACAGCCUUGCAGCGGGAGCACGUCACUUGGUGCCUAUGUCACCAACACUGGUUGCACCAGCAGUGGUCACACCAAUACUGGCUGCGUACCUCAGGGCAUUGGCGCUUGCUGUUCACAUGCAGGAGUUAGUGGAGAGGGCCAAUGCAGCCCUUGUCGAACCUUUUCGACCUUUGUCGAACCUGGUGGUUGCACUGCGCACGCUGCGCACGCCGCGCACGCUGCGCACACACAUGCACCAGGGUCUUGGAUAGUCCCGUCGCUUCCACAGUGCGGCCAAUGCGCUCGGACAGCGGCUUCUUUGAAUCCGGCAACGGCCGUUUCUGGGCGAUCUCCGAUGACUCCGCCCUGUGGCAAUUUUCAGAGUGCAGCCACGAGCUCUGCGGUUCUGCAGUAUUCGGGUCCAGGCUUGCAAGCAGAGAAUCGGUAUUUUGAGCCAAGCUCAUAUCACACCAUGCAGCCGAUGUCCACUUGUGGACAAAAUAUAAAAGGCGCCGGGCAAGGCACUGCAAUGCCACCCAGAGUGGCACAAGCUUAUUUUGGGAAAGGCUGGUUGACACCGAGCGCUGGGUUCGCAGUGAGAGGGCGCUGUCCUGCGGUGCUACAAAGAUUCAUUUAA